CCACCCUGGGCUUGCUAGAGAACAGCUGACUCCUGCAGUCCUGCUCACGUGACCUCUGCAGCUGCAGCUCCCUCUUCCGCUCCUUGUCCCCGGCCAGGGUGGGCACUUCGAGGGGCUCUUUUUGUGAGGAACGCCAGCAGCGCACCGCAGGCGUGGAGGAUUAAUCAGUGACAGGAAGCUGCCUUUUUCGGAGCAGUGACCAGUUGUGGUCAGGAGAGCCUCUGCAAGGCCAGUCCUAGGAGUCUGUCCUACUUCCUGCCCACUGCUCACCCACCUGCUCCUGCCAUGGGGUACCUUGGGGCCUUCCUCUUCCUCCUGGGGGCCCUGGGGGCUCUCGCUGAGAUCUGUGAAAUACCAGAGGUGGAUAGCCAGCUGGUAGAGAAGCUGGGCCAGCGCCUCUUGCCUUGGAUGGACAGGCUCUCCCUGGAGCACCUGAACCCCAGCAUCUACGUGGGCCUACGCCUCUCCAGCUGGCAGGCUGGAACCAAGGAGAACCUCUACUUGCACAGCCUCAAGCUCAAUUACCAGCAGUGCCUCCUGGGGUCUGCCUCCAGCGGUCACAACAGUCACUGCCAGGCCAAGCCUUCCAUGGGCCAGCUGGCCCUCUACCUGCUCGCUCUCAGGGCUAACUGCGAGUUUGCCGGGAGCCACAAGGGUGACAGGCUGGUCUCACAGCUCAAGCGGUUCCUAGAGGACGAGAAGAGGGCCAUUGGGCACAAGGGUCACCCCCACACCAGCUACUACCAGUACGGCCUGGCCAUCCUGGCCCUGUGUGUCCACCAGAAGCGGGUUCAUAACAACGUGGUGGACAAGCUCCUAUAUGCUGUGAAACACGAACAACAUCUCCACCAGGGCCACCUCUCUGUAGACACAGUGGCCAUGGCAGGCUUGGCCUUCACCUGUCUGGAGCGCUCCCACUUCAACCCCAGUCUGAGACUACAGAUCACCACGGCCAUUGGGACAGUCCAAGAGAAGAUCCUGAAGGCCCAGACCCCCGAGGGCCACUUUGGGAAUGUCUACAGCACCCCACUGGCACUGCAGAUGCUGAUGGCGUCCUCCACGUCCUAUUUGGAGCUGGGCACAGCGUGCCUCAAGGCAAAGGCUGCUCUGUUGGCCAGCCUGCAAAACGAGGUCUUCCAGAACACUCUCGUGAUUUCCCAGCUGCUGCCCGUCCUGAACCACAAGACAUACAUUGAUCUCAUCUCCCCAGACUGCCUGGCACCACGAGUUAUGUUGGGACCAGCCACAGAGACCUUUUCACUGACCUCAGAGAUCAUCAGCGUCACGCUAAAGGUCCUCAGCAUCUUUCCGCCGUACAAACAAUCCAUCUUUGUCCUUGCUGGGUCCUCCUUGGAAGAUGUCCUGAAGAUGGCCCGCGAGCUAGGAGGAUUCACAUACGAAACACAGGCCUCCUUGUCAGGCCCCUACUUGACCUCCGUGAUGGGGAAUGAGGUCGGGGAACGUGAGUUCUGGCAACUCCUCCGAGACCCUGACACACCUCUGCUGCAAGGUAUUGCUGACUACAGACCCAAGGAUGGAGAAACCAUUGAGCUGAGGCUGGUUCGCUGGUAGCCCCUGGGUGCCCUCACCCAGCAGCCUUGCGCACUCCCUGGGCUUCUACCCUCCCUUCUGAUGUCCCUGGAAUAGGCACUUGACUGACACUGCUGUCACUUCCUAUGUACUUAGAGCAAUGUCUCCCAGGCUGCCCCAGCCACUAUCCCUGCAAGGGUCCUAAGCCAUGGCCCAGCCUGGAGCAGAGAGCCAAGCACCUUCCCUGGGACUCUAUCAGCCCAGGUCUGGCCAGCCUGGCCCCACAGGCCUCCCGUGAAGGCCACCCCAUGGUCUGAAGGGCAUGAAGCAUCUCAGACUCCUCGGCAGAAGGAAGAGAAGAAGUCUACAGGCUGCUGGCGUUGUGAGUACCGCCUGUUCCUUCGAGGUCUGUGUGGUCCAGAGACUGCAGCCCUGACCCCAGCUCUCCACUCUGCUGUCUGGGCGGUGGCCCCAGAGCUGGUUGUGGCAUGGUAGCUGGCGAGGCCACAGCGGGG